AUGUCGCUUACCUCGAUGGAGAUUUGGAACGAAACGUUGUCGAUGAUGAAUUCGACGCUCAAUUCGAGCAUUAUGCUACCUAACUUUGCCCUCAAUCCGACAAAGAGACACGUGACUUUCGCCUCUCAGAUGGUCCUCACACUUGUGUAUAUUACCGGCGUGAUCGGCAACGUGUCCGCUCUAGUCAUUCUCUUUCAUCGUGACAAGAGGAGAAAUCGAAAACACUUGCUGAUGCUGCGAUGCCUGGCAAUCAACGAUCUCGUCGCAUUGUUAGGGAUGAUGGUGCAAAUGUACAUCACGAUCUACGUGGGCAGCGUAAUGUCGACGAGAGGAUUUUGCUCCCUUCGUGUGGUGUGGAGGCUGUUCGGAUUAUUCAGUGGUUGCGUGGCCAUUGUGAUGGCGGCUGAAAGGUGGCUAGCCUUGACUAGGCCCUUCGUUUAUCAGAAGCAGGUGACGUAUCCGGUAAUUGUACGUUGCAUGAUGGUGCUUUGGCUGGUUGGCCUAACGUUGACAAGCCUACCACUUCUGGGUUUUGGCGUGUACUACAAAGGCGAACGAUGCGUUCGUUACAGAGAAGCUACCGAGCCAGCAGACAUCGCUUACGCCUACGUCUGGUUCGUUGCUGGUACGGGCCUCUGCCUGUCGAUAGUUUGGUGCAACUUGGCGGUUUCCAGAGCACUUAGCAGACUAAAUCGCAAGGCCGGUCUUCGACGAGUAACGAGAUCAUCCUCAAGAGCGAAACCGCUUUUAACAGUUGCCGGACCACCGCCGGAAGUCGUCACCACCGCCGAGGAAAGGGCGUUCGCGAGAUUGAUGGCUGUGCUGUCAAUAUCGUUCGUUGUCUGCUGGAUGCCACAAAUGAUUUCCAUUCCAUUGGCCCAGUUCACGAUUCAAUUACCUCAGAAGGCACUGUUCGCGCGAAAACUGAUUCGCAUGUUUCACCUGGCGGCCGAUGUACUCCUUUGUAUUCACUUCACCCUGGAUCCGUACAUCUACGUUCUACUGAGAAUGCCACGGCCGAGAUUCCGCCUUUUGAAACCCCUCUGCAAGAUCUGUUGGCCAGCCAGAAGCCGGUCGAGUUCGUUCAAUGGUACCACAGACCAUCAGGGCAGCAGUGGUGAUCCAUCGACCCCGAUCACAGAGGCACCCUCGACCCCCGUCAGCGAGGAGCACGAUCCUCAUUUAAUGGCGGUGUCGGUCUGA